AUAGUUCUAGUAUUUUUAAUCAUUUAGUUGAAAUUUUAACUUUCUGGCAGCUGGAGUUAACCAUGUUGUGAAAUUCCUUAAAGGUAUUUAUUUUACAUGAAUUAAAAUUAAGCAGUGAAUACUGAAUUCACAUUUAACUGUUCAGUUGCCAAUAAUCAACAAAGAUAAAUCUGCCUAAUAAUUAAACACAACUUCACUGGAACUGAGCAUGUACUAUGUGUUUCCAAGUAUCAGAAUCAGAAAUUAAACCCUUCUGUAAAUUUUUCUAUGCAAGUUUGACACAAAUAGCUUUCACUUUUUGUCUUUUACAUUUAAUAGGCUUUAAGUAGUAGUGGUUUUUUACCAAUGAAACCCUUCAAUUUUAGGGUUUUAAAUAUUUUUAAUAAAAGGCCAGAUAGUUUUUGCAUUUACUAAUAUUUAGUGUACUUACUGCAUAAGCCACACUGAAGUCAAACCACACAGCAAUCAACAAUGUCAAAAAGACCUCAAAUUCAUAUUUUUCUGGGAGCACCCAGUAUUCCAGGCCCACUUGAAUCAUCAGAGGAAAGAAGCUCAGCAGCUACUGCUGAAAAAUGGAGAGAACUCCACUUCUUGUGUGAUACACGUAGACUGUUUUCUGAAAAAGUCCAAGGUGCUGACCACUUAGUGUUUCAGGCAGAAAGGUCUGUUGUCCCAGCAGCUCCUACAACUGAUAACAGAUAUCAGCAGUCUGAACAGGAGAGAUUAAUGGUGGCAAGAUGUUUGACAUCUCUUGUACCUGUGGGAGUAACUUGUACCAGCACAUGUAAAAAGACUGAAAGUUUCAUUGAUAGUCAAAUAUCUAUGGAUGGGUGCACACAAACAAAUGUAAAUCAGGGUAUGGACCAACACCUGCAGAAAUUUGCAGACUUAGCUAGACAAAAUAAACAACCACACGGCUGUCUUUCAGAUCUCAUGGAAAGAAAAGCCAGUUGUUUUGAGGCUAACAGCUCUGACAUUUCUGAUUUGGUUGCCAGUACUAAGCAGAUUAGCAUACAUUUGAGAUUUAUGGGACAAGGUGCUCAAUCAGAUCAUACAAGUGAUCAUCCUGAUCUUAGUCAACAUUUGGAUAUGUUUUUCCUCCAAAAUGAAGAGUCAAAACCAAAAAGAGAAGCUAGUGAUUGUUCAGGCUUUGCAGUGUCCGCAGAGACUGAAUUUCAUAGUAUAAUGACUUUGAGUCAGAUGGCUGUUUUGACACAGGGUCAGAAUGAUAUGCAGGAGAGAAUCCUAAAGCUAGGAGAAACAAAAGCAGGGGAAAAUCCUGAAGAAAGGCACCGUGAUUGCUUCCAAUUUGAUUCUGAUGUUGGAACAUGCUAUAAUGUGGCUGAAAACGAAUAUAAGGAAGUGUAUGCAAGCUCCCUUGAACUUUUUAGCUCUCAGUGUGAUAGGAAAAAUAUUUGUGUUGAAGCUGCAAAACAAGGAAGUGCUGAAGAAAAUACAGAGAAGGCUCAAGAAGUUCAUGUUCCUGUUGCACAAUUUGUAAAUGAAAUCCAUAUUGAACCACUGAACUCAGGAAUAUUGUGCUCUCAAGUGGACAGUUGUCGUAAGAGCUCCUCUAAAAGAGGCCUCAGUUGGGAAGAUUCCUUUCCUGUUUUUCACUCAACACUUAAAAGAAACCCACAAUCAAAGCGGGCUAAACUGAGUUCUUCUCCAGAUGGUCCUGGGAUGAAAGUGGCUCAAGGGAAGAUGACAGAGUUCAAGAAACUUCAAAAGAAACUAUCCCCACUUAAGGACUGCUGCUGCAAAAAUCAAAAGUACAAUGUUUUGGUCACAAUAGUACAUCCUUGUCAUAUAAAAGAAGUGCAGGUGAAGACUAGACCAAAAUCUUCAUGUAAAGUUCCGGUAGCAACAAUUGUAGUUAUUGACCAGUCAGGAGUUGAAAGAAAGGUGGUGUUGUGGCAUGGUGCUGCAUUUUGGUCACUCACUGUGUUCCCUGGGGAUAUUGUACUGCUUACAGAUGUAAUAAUGUAUGAGAAUAUUUGGUGUGGAGAAAUCAUGCUACAAUCUACAUUCACCAGUCAGCUACUGAAUCUUGGCAACUACUCAGCUGUCAAUCCAGAAGAAUUUUAUCCUGUAGUGAAUGGUGGUGUUCUUCGUGGCUUGUUGGCAUACAUAUUAUCAGAAUUUCCACAUUUUGGAGACCUUCCUCAAAGACAAGUUCAGAGACUGGAUGAUGUUCAGUAUGUGCAGCUAGACCAGCUCCAGCCAAAUAUGUUGAUUCACUCAAUCUUGAAAAUUGUCAGCAUAAAUAUUUUAACAGAAUCUGUGUAUAGCUACAGAGGUGGCAACCAAAGGAAAAUUACUCUAACAGUAGAACAGAAGGUUGAUCAAUGCUAUAGGAUGGUGCUGUGGGGAGCAGGGGCUGCCUGGUGCCCUCAGAUUCAAAGGAAAAAAGAUCACAUAUGGAACUUCAAAUACCUUCUGGUCCAGUGUAGUUCUGUGUCAGGUGACUUUGAACUGCACACAACUCCAUGGUCAUCCUGUGAGUGCUUAUUUGAUGAUGACAAAAGAGCAAUUGAAUUUGAAGAAAAGUUUCAGAAAAGCAAAACAUCCUGCGUGCAGGUGAUCAAGCUCUCAGCACAUUUGGAGGAAAAAUGUUCAGGGGUGUUUCAAGUGAAAGCCCAUAUCAUGGAACUGAAGUUUACUGUUUCAACUGGACAGUACAAGCAACUUUCCUUCAGUGCUGAUACUUCCCUGGAGUCUGUUUUGGCUUCUCUGACUAUGAUUACAUACUCAGGUUGUGCUAAAUGUAGUUUAGAACUACAAACAGAUGAGAAUAUGAUCUACAAGCAGUGUAUGAGAUGUUUGCCAUACAACAAAGUAAAAACAUUCUACAGACCUGCUUUGAUGACAGUAGAAGAUGGAGGAUAUGAAAUUUCUGUUCAUGUGGCAUCUGAGUUGAUGGAAAAAGUCUUUCUCAAUAUUCCUGCAGAUUGGCUCAACAGACCAGUAGUGCCCUCUUCAGAUAUAACCUACAGCGCAAUUGUAGCAGAUCUGUGUCAUUUGCUGCUAGCAGAUACUGAAGCAUCCUAUUUGUUGGAAAUAAGGAGCCAUUUUGUGCUAGAUGAAAACAGCUAUCCUUUGCAAAAAGAUUUCCAUCUGCUAAGUUUUCAUCCUGAUCUUUGGAACAUUGACUGCUGCAAUAACAGUUACAAAGACCAUAGGAACACACAGAUGGCAAACAAGAAAAGUUAAGCAGUUCAAGGAAGCAAGUACCUUGAAAAAUACCAGAAAGGAUUUUGGCUUCAAUUUAAACAAAAAACUGGUAUGGAGUAUCUGCUGAUACUAUGUACUGCUGCUGUAACAUUGAUGAAUUGUCAUAAAGUAUAUUUUAUAAAUAUAUUUUAUCUUAAUAAACUCUUCCUUUAUCUUUUUUUCUCCCCUGGAAAAGUUUGCUAGUAUUGAGACUGAAUUUUUCUUGGAUACUGUAGAUUAGAAGACAACAGCCACAGUUCAAUAAUAUAAUCCAAGAAGAGAUGGUUACUGACCUGCUGCACCACCUCAGUGGUAGGAUCUGUUCUUUAUCAAUUACCUGGAUGAAGGGAUUGAGUGCACCCUCAGUAAGUUUGCAUAUGAUGCUAAAUUGGGUGGAAGUGUUGAUCUGCUUGAAGGCUCUUCAAAGGCAUCUGGACAGACUGGAUCAAUGG